ACGGCCGCUGUGCUGUUUGGAUUGCAGUAGGAGAGAGAGCGUAGAAAGAGAUGAAAAUCACUGCCCGGCCACACGACAGACGCGCCACGCAUGAAGAACUUUAACGGCCGAGGCGACACUGAAGAGCUGUCAUAUAUCGGGUGGUUACGGAGAGCGCCCUGGGUGUUGUUUAGAGAGCUACCUACAAAAUUUCUCCCGUGUUUUCCACGAAGAGAAGGAGGUGAAAACUACCCGCCGCCAUUUUUUGGAAGUGACUGACUGGGAGUGGAGAGUUAACGUUAGCUGUAAACUGGCCACAGCUGAUUUAGUUUAUAUUCCCUGUGAGUCAUCACCUUAAACACUGUCAGCUCGGACGGCCUGGAUACUGUAAAUACACCGACUCUUUUUCUCCAAUAUACGAGCUGCCGAAUGUCUAAAGGAAUAAACAAGAAGUGAUUUUGUUUACACAUUUCUCCUGAAUUCUCACUAACUGUUCCUCCCAGGAUAGCUGGUGUGGGCUAAGUUAGCCACAUUAGCACGCUGAGGUUUUCUUCUGGAGUCCACUCAAACCUGGUCUGGUGGACGGGUCCCUAUGCGUACACUGCCUCCCUCUGGCAGAUGAGUAACCAGCGGGGCCUUACGUGUCGCAGUCGCACGACCAGAUAGUCCCCUGCGAGCGCGGCGCGUCCUCCGGCUCGCAGCAUGCCCACCACCAGCCGGGCAGGGAGCCUGAAGGACGCUGAGAUCGCAGAGCUGUUCUUUAAGGAGGACCCCGAGAAGCUCUUCACAGACCUCCGUGAGAUCGGUCAUGGCAGCUUCGGCGCAGUGUAUUUUGCACGGGAUGUGCGGACCACAGAGGUGGUGGCCAUCAAGAAGAUGUCCUACAGUGGGAAACAGUCUAAUGAGAAAUGGCAGGAUAUUAUAAAGGAAGUCAAGUUCCUCCAGAGAAUACAACACCCCAACAGCAUAGAGUAUAAAGGAUGCUACCUGCGGGAACACACGGCUUGGCUUGUCAUGGAGUACUGUUUGGGCUCUGCCUCUGACCUCCUUGAAGUUCACAAGAAGCCCCUUCAGGAAAUUGAGAUUGCAGCAAUUACCCAUGGUGCUUUGCAGGGCCUUGCAUACCUUCAUUGCCAUAACAUGAUUCACAGGGAUAUCAAAGCUGGGAACAUCCUGCUGACCGAGCCUGGACAAGUCAAACUGGCAGAUUUUGGUUCUGCCUCCAUCGCCUCUCCAGCCAACUCUUUUGUGGGGACACCAUAUUGGAUGGCCCCUGAAGUAAUUUUAGCCAUGGACGAGGGACAGUAUGAUGGAAAGGUUGACAUCUGGUCUCUUGGGAUCACCUGCAUAGAACUAGCGGAAAGGAAACCUCCUCUGUUUAACAUGAAUGCGAUGAGUGCCUUAUACCACAUAGCACAGAAUGAGAGCCCUAUGCUGCAAUCAAGUGAAUGGACGGAUUAUUUUAGAAAUUUUGUUGACUCUUGCCUUCAGAAAAUCCCCCAAGACAGACCACACUCUGAGGAUCUGUUGCAGCAUGCCUUCGUCCUGCGAGAAAGGCCAGAAUCUGUUCUGAUAGACUUAAUUUUGCGGACAAAAGAUGCGGUCCGAGAGCUGGACAACCUGCAGUACCGCAAAAUGAAGAAGAUUCUCUUUCAGGAGGUGCACAAUGGGCCGACCACUGAGACCCAGGAGGGAGAUGAGGAGCCAGAGCACGGUCCUGGUCGCACGGGCACAGUGAGCAGUGUGGGCAGUAAUCAGUCCACUCCCAGCAUGUCGAUCAGCGCAAGCUCUCAGAGCAGCUCAGUGAACAGCAUUCCCGACGCAGCUGAUGACAAGAGUGACCUUGACCUGGAGAAAGACCAUACUGUUAUGUCUAAUAGUUCGGUCAUACACCUGAAGCCUGAAGAAGAGGAGGUUUACCCUGAGGAUCCUGAAACGCAUCCUCGUCCCUCAGAAGCCCAGGCAGCACCCGCACAGCCCCCGCAACGCAAACACCAUCGCAACCGUGAGCACUUUGCCACCAUCCGCACAGCCUCUCUGGUGACACGCCAGAUGCAGGAACAUGAGCAGGACUCUGAGCUGAGGGAGCAGAUGUCCGGUUACAAGCGCAUGAGACGGCAGCACCAGAAGCACCUUAUGGCCCUGGAGAACAAACUGAAAGCUGAGAUGGAUGAACACAGGCUGAGACUGGACAAAGAGCUGGAGGCCCAGAGGAACAGCUUUGCUGCUGAGAUGGAGAAACUUGUGAAGAAAAACCAAGCAUCCAUAGAAAAAGAUGCUAAGUCAUUUGCCAAUGAUGAGAAGAAAUUCCAACAGCACAUUCAAGCACAGCAAAAGAAAGAGCUUAGUAGCUUCCUGGAGUCACAGAAAAGAGAGUACAAGCUAAGAAAGGAACAACUGAAAGAGGAACUAAAUGAGAACCAGUCCACCCCUAAGAAAGAGAAGCAGGAGUGGCUUUCGAAGCAGAAGGAGAACUUUCAGCACUACCAAGCAGAGGAGGAAGCCAACCUGCUCCGUCGGCAGCGGCAGUACCUGGAGCUGGAAUGUCGUCGCUUUAAACGGCGAAUCCUCAUUGCAAAACACAAUGUAGAGCAAGACCUUGUACGCGAGGAGCUAAAUAAGCGCCAAACGCAGAAAGAUCUGGAACAUGCCAUGCUGCUCCGCCAUCAUGAGUCCAUGCAAGAGCUGGAGGUGAGACAGCUGGGCACCAUCCAGAAGAUGCGUACUGAGCUGAUCCGCUUGCAGCAUCAGACUGAACUCACCAACCAGCUAGAGUACAACAAACGCAGAGAGCGAGAGCUACGCCGCAAACAUGUCAUGGAGGUCCGGCAGCAGCCCAAGAGCCUUAAGUCUAAAGAGCUGCAGAUCAAGAAACAGUUCCAGGACACGUGUAAAAUCCAGACACGGCAGUAUAAGGCCCUGCGCAACCACCUCCUGGAGACCACACCCAAGUCUGAACACAAGGCUGUGCUGAAGAGACUGAAGGAGGAGCAGACCCGGAAAUUAGCCAUACUUGCUGAGCAGUACGACCAUUCCAUCAAUGACAUGCUCUCCACACAAGCUCUGCGAUUGGAUGAGGCACAGGAGGCCGAAUGUCAGGUGCUAAAGAUGCAGCUGCAGCAGGAGCUGGAGUUGCUAAAUGCUUAUCAGAGCAAGAUCAAGAUGCAGACGGAUGCACAGCACGAUCGUGAGAGGAAAGAGCUGGAGCAGAGGGUUUCGCUGAGGAGGGCUCUCCUUGAGCAGAAGAUUGAAGAGGAGAUGGUUACCCUGCAAAAUGAGCGUUCAGAGCGAAUCCGCAGUCUAUUAGAGAAGCAGGCCCGGGAGAUUGAGGCGUUUGACUCUGAAAGCAUGCGUCUGGGCUUCAGCAACAUGGUGCUCUCUAGCCUGGCCUCAUCCGACGGCCACAGCCACAGCUUUCCGGGGGCCCAGAGUAGCUGGGGCUCUCAGUACGGUGCAGGCUCUCAGGGGUCACACUGGGGAGGGCACCAUAGCGGCAGCCAGCAUGGCCACCACCACCACCCAAGCCACAGUGACUCUAUCCAGCAGCCUUGGGGUCACGGCCUGCCUUCAGGGGGGCCUCCUCCCUGGGGGCACCACAUGUCUGGGGGCAGUCAGCGCUCGAGCCGGGGAAGUGGUGGGCUACGGAACAGUCCCCAGGCGGUACGGCGGGCCACCUCAGGGGGCCGCAGUGAGCAGGGGAUGAGCAGGAGUGCCAGCAUCGCCUCUCAGAUUUCCAAUGGCUCGCACUUGUCCUACACGUAAGACCACCCGCUGCUUUCCCACAACACCCAUCUUGACCCAAAAUGCCAUAGGGGAAGGGACAAAGGGGCACCGUGGUCUUUUUUUUUUUUUUUAACACCCAUUCCUUUAUUUCUAAUCCUCUAAAUACAUAUUUUAUACACAUGGUAAGCACAAAAUGCAUCCAUUGUAGUUCAGGUUCUAAGAAUGUCAGACAGAAGGGCACUUAAAACAUUCUGGACAGUUGUAUCAAACUUCAGCCAGAAUCCAGAAUGUCAUUUUCGCAAUGAUGUGAAAAAGUUUUGAAUUCAGAGAAAAUGCACUGCAUUUUAGAGUGUUAAUCUGAUUUGAAAAUGUUAGUGAGGGUGAGAACGAAUAUAUGAAUGCUGUGCAUUGCCUCUCACAGGUGAGAUUGUAAGUCUUUAUGCAGUGGGUUUUAUCAUGGUCUUAUUAACAGCUGGUUUCGGUUGUAUACAGCAGGGAGAUGAAUGCAUAUCAUUUUCUCAGAAACAUUGAUUCAUAAGAAAACAAUUGCAGAAAUAUAUAUAAAUAGAUGGUAUAAAGGUUGGAUAGCAGAAUGUGAAAGAAUCAAGCUUUACAAUGCACUUGAUUUUGUCUAGCUUAGUAUUUUAUAAACAACAAGCACUAAUUUUAAUGUGUUACUAAACAGUAUGCUCUUUUUGUGCCAGAACAAAUUUUAACUAUGAAAAGAUACUGUGAAAUUCCAAGAUUUUGUUAGAAAUAUUUUGAUUAUUGAAUUAUCGUGAUUUUUUUUUAUUUGUUGUAUGUUGCCAUUGCCAUCCUUUCACAGGUCCAAAUAACCAAAACCUGUGUGGAGAGCAGGAUGCCAUUUUGCUUUUAAAACUUUGAAAACAUAGCCUAAAAUUCUGAUAGUAAGUGUAUGAACAGAUGUGUUCGAUUGCUAUAGGCCAAAGGGACAUAAGUUAUAAGGUAGGUGAGCGAUAUAUGACUAUAUUAAUGUGGAGGUGUCUUGAACUGAAUAUGUAGAAUGACACUUAAAAACAGGUUUUGCUAUGUGAAUGUACGUGAGUGUUAAAGCAUGUCGGCACGGUAAAACUUCACUCCUGAAUAACAGUAUGGCAGAAGUCGUUGAAGUAUAUUAAUGUUCAUUUUAGUCUUUUGAUUUAGUGAUGCCAAAGUUAACAAUCGCAACUAUGCAAAAGGAUAAUAGCCUGCCACAUUCAUGUCUUCUUUCACUAAGCUUAACAUCACAGAAAAGCACUUUACCAUCCUUUUCUACUCUUAGUUGCUCACUACAAUCACAUACAAGCAGAUCUCCUGGUCCUUGGGUGCCCCCUCCUCCCCUUUUUCAGGCUGGGUUUGACAAGAGCGUGUUGUGUGGAUUUUAGGGGUGGGGAGGUCUGGGUUGGGUAGGCUUGAGACCACUGAAUGUUUUUGUGGGGGCGGGUGGGUGCCGCUGCUGUCGUCCCUGCAAUGCCUUUGUUUCUUCCAUGCCCACCCCAGAGCUCCAGCGACUGCCGCCCACCCUCCAACUGAACACUUAUCAAAGCAUGUAGAAAAAAGUGAUUAAAAAUGCAAUGAAAAAAGGUCAGUUAGCAUAUUAAGCAUUAUGGUGGAAGGGUAUACAGCCAGGAGACAGCUUUAAGUGAGAUGUAUAGGAAAACGUGUGUAUAUUGUAUAUUUAGAAAUUUAAAUAAAUGAAUAAAUGGAAAUCAAUAUAAAGACCCAAGUUAAAACUAGACUAAAAUUUAUUUGCUUGAAUGCGAAAAUUAAAAAAAAAACUUGGUUUCUAAUAUUGAAUAUUUAAAAAGAGAAAAAAUUAUAUAUAUACACAAAGCAUAUUCUCAGAGGUGUCAAGCAAAGCCAAAAAAUAUAUAUUUCCCCUGAAAUUACACUUAUACAGAGGAUGUCACUUUCCAUAGUCCUCUCUGCUCCUUGCUCUCCUUGCUUUCAAAGGUAUGAAUUACCAUAUUAGUGCCAGUACUCAUGUUCUGUUAUCUGUGAACCAGCAGUGAACUUAAAUUUUAUAAAAGAUAAAAGGCAUAGGUUUUAUUGUUUCAUUAAAAAAAAGAAAAAGAAAAGAGAAACGUCUUUAUAACUGCCAUCAUGCCUAUUUCAGAAUGGCUUCAAAAACAUUUUUCCAGGAAAAUAAAUUCCAGUUUAUAAUACGAGUGCUAUCUAUAAUAACCAUCAACUAUGAACACUAUUUUGGCACACUUCUGGUAUAUGCAUGGGAUUGCAGAUUUCAUGAAGUUGCCUAUCUCAGUCUGACUAACUAAAACCAACUGAGCCAAUGAAGGAGAUGGUCCUCACUGCAGAACACAAGAUCCAGGGGGCGUGGUUGGAUCCAGAUCCAACUCCUCCCACCUUACAUAUACCUAA